CUCUGCAGAUGUGAAAGUGAAAGAGUAGCAUUCAGCCCGGUUCCUGAUCGCAGGUCCUGGAAACCUGGGGAUCAUGGAUAUUGAAGCAUAUUAUCAAAGAAUUGGUUACAAGAACCGGAGGAACAAAUUGGACUUGGAAUCACUAACAGACAUUUUUCAGCACCAGAUCCGAACUGUUCCCUAUGAGAACCUUAGCAUUCACUGUGGGCAGCCCAUGGAGUUGGACUUAGAGGCCAUUUUUGAUCAAAUUGUCAGGAGGAAUAGAGGUGGCUGGUGUCUCCAGGUCAACUAUCUUCUGUACUGGGCUUUGACUACCAUCGGUUUUGAGACCACAAUGUUAGGAGGGUUUGUUUGUGGCAGUCAUACUGACAAAUACAGCACUGGCAUGAUUCACCUCAUAGUACAGGUGACCAUCAGUGGCAGAAACUACAUUGUCGAUGCUGGGUUUGGACGCUCCUACCAGAUGUGGCAGCCUGUGGAGUUAAUUUCCGGAAAAGAUCAGCCUCAAGUGCCUUCCAUAUUCCGCUUGAGAGAAGAGGGAGAAACCUGGUACCUGGACCAAAUCAGAAGACAGCAACAUGUUCCAGACCAAGAAUUUCUUAAUUCUGAACUCCUGGAAAGGAAAAUACACCGAAAACUCUACUGCUUUACUCUUCAACCUCGAACAAUUGAAGAAUUUGAGCCUGCAAAUACAUAUCUUCAAAUAUCUCCAUCAUCUCCAUUUUUAGACAAAUCAAUUUGUUCCUUGCAGACCCCAGAAGGUGUUCACUGUUUAGUGGGUCUCAUCCUCACCUUCAGGACCUACAAUUAUAAGGAAAAUACAGAUCUGGUAGAGUUUAAAGUUCUGACUGAGGAAGAAGUGGAGGAAGUGCUGAAAACUAUAUUUAAUAUUUCCUUGGAAAAAAAGCUUGUGUCCAAAAAUGGUAAUUUGUUUUUCACUAUUUAGUGUAUGGAGCAAAAAUCAUCUUCAAUCUUAGUACAAGUACUUAAGCUUUUUAUUAUAAAAAUGUUCAAACAUAAAAAAUCACAGAGAACAGAAUAAUAAAUUCAUAUGUAUUUAUAACCAGAUCACCAAUUAUUCACUGCUGAAGAUAAUAUUCUCCCUACUCUCUUAUUGUUUUGAUGAAAAUCAUAAACAUCAAAUUAUUCACCUAUAAAGAUGUCUACAUAUAUAAGUUGAAACUUUGUAAAGAAUUAUAGCAACACUCCUUUACAAAAUUAAUAAAAAAGGCAUUUUAAUAAUGGUGUACUUAUCUUGGGAAGUACAGUGAUUUAUACUAGGAAAUCUCCAAAACUGACUUAUGUUGAACUCAUACAAAAUGUUUUUGGUAACUGAAAAUACAGAAUAUUGGAGAAAUGGUUUCCAUCAGAUUCAUCCAGUGUGUAUCCAAGGUCCUGGGUUUACAAAACACCACCUGUAGAAUUUAGGAUUAGCAUCCAACAAAGAAGUAUAAGGCAUGAUUUUCACCCCAAAUAACUUAAUAGUCCUCAAGACCAGAUGUUAACCAAUUCACAGCAGGUGGUUAGGUGCCAAGAAAGUGACACAGAUAAUACUUUUUUUUUUUUUUUGACAGGCAGAGUGGACAGUGAGAGAGAGACAGAGAGAAAGGUCUUCCUUUUGCCAUUAGUUCACCCUCCAAUGGCCACCACGGUAGGCGCGCUGCGGCCGGUGCACCAUGCUGAUCCAAUGGCAGGAGCCAGGUGCUUAUCCUGGUCUCCCAUGGGGUGCCGGGCCCAAGCACUUGGGCCAUCCUCCACUGCACUCCCUGGCCACAGCAGAGAGCUGGCCUGGAAGAGGGGCAACCAGGACAGGAUCAGUGCCCCGAUCAGGACUAGAACCUGGUGUGCCGGCACCGCAAGGCGGAGAAUUAGCCUAGUGAGCCGCGGCGCCGGCCACAGCUAAUACUUUUUUCCAGGCUUCUUUUUGUAGUCAUAGUUCUUCAUGUAUCAUUUUUUUUUCUUAAUAAAGAAACAUUAUAUUUGAAAUUUUCAACUUCCAGAAUUUUUUGCCUAAAAGUAACAAUUAUUUUUAUAUAUUAUAACAUAUGCAUAAAUUUAUUUUUAAAAAGGAUAAUACAUGGGGCCAGCACUAGGACAUAGUGGGUAAUCUGCAGCACUCACUUCUCAUGCGUCUCAUCUGGGUAUGGUUUGAGUCCUAGCUGCUCCACUUCCAAUCCGGUUCCCUGCUAAUGCACCUGCAAAAGCAGGGAAGACAAUCCAUGUGCUUGGGCCCUUGACACCCAUGUGUGAGACCCAAAAGUAGCUCCUAGAUCUUGUCUUUGGCCCUGGCUGUUGAAGCUAUUUGGGGAGUGAACCAGCAGAUGGAAGAUUCUCCCCCUCUCUCUGUUAACUCCGCCUUUCAAAAUGAACAAUUUAUUUAAAAACAAAAGAUACUACAAUACUAUUGGCUAUUUGAAAGAGCUUAGGUAUUAUGGACUAGGUGACGUCUCUGCAAUAGAAUCUUCUUCUCAUCCUCUUUCUUGCCCAUGAGUUACAGUCUUUGAUUUGCUUCCACAGUUUGCCAUAAGAGAAAGAACAUGAACUUCUUGGUGUAUUUCUGAUCAAAUAUCGUGGACAUUGGGUAAAUUGCUUGAUAAAUGAUCUGGCUACUCCGAAUAAAAUGGGACAACGUGUGCUUUGCUCUAUUAGUCCAUUUUCAGUUACGAAAACAAAAUACCUGAAGGCGGGUAGAGUAUAAAGAAAAGAGGUGGGGCCAGCGCUGUGGCGCAUCAGGUUAAUGCCCUGGCCUGAAGCGCCAGUAUCCCAUAUGGGUGACAGUUCAAGACGCGACCUCUCCUCUUCCGAUCCAGCACUCUGCUAUGGCCCAGAGAAGUAGUGAAACAUGGCCCAAGUCCUUGAACCCCUGCACCCACUUGGGAGACGCAGGAGAAGCUCCUGGCUCUUGGCUUCAGAUCAGUGCAGCUCCAGAUAUUGCAACCAAUAGGGAGAGAACCAGCAGGUGGAAGACCUCUCUCUCUCUUUCUCUUUCUCUCUCUGUCUUUCCAUUCUCUCUGUGUAACUCUGACUUUCAAAUAAAGAAAAAAAGAAAGGUUUGUUUUGCUCAGGUGAAAGUCUUUGAUCCAGCAGCCCCAUCCAUCUGGCCUCUGGGGAGAGACCCUUGGAUUUGUCACUUCAUGGCAGGCGGCAUCAUGAAGGGAGUAUUGUGCAAAAGAGAAAUCACAUAAGACAGAAAGUGAGAGGAAUGUUUAAGCAUCAAAAUUGGUCUCUUAAGUCAUUCGCUCUUAUGAGAACAACUAACUCAUCAGUACUAAUCGCAACCAAAGCAGCUCCCUCAAUAACCUGAUUACUUUGUAGAAGUCUCGCCUCUUAAAGGCUUCAAACCGCCAAGCAUCACCAAAGACCAAAUUUCCAACACAUGAGCCCUUGGGGACAAACCCAGACCUCAGCAAAUCUACAGUGGAACCUGGAGUAAACUCCCAAAGAAUACCUCAUUGUGAAGCUUUGUAUGAGUGCUUAUUUCCCACUAAUUUCAAAUGGUGUCAAACAUUUUAGUCACCUCAAAAAAAAUACCCACAAUCAUUAAGCAGUUUUAAUUGCCUUUAUGACCUACCAUCAGAUUCACAGAGUAUCACUUCUGCCACAUUUUCUGUUUGUUACAGGAAAAUCUCAAGUCCUAAAAGAUUCGUAGGGAGGGAACUCAAUUUUAUAAAUAUAUAUAUAUA